GUGAAAUCGCUUAGCAACCUUUUCCGCGACACAAGCCGCUUCACCAAUUUUGCCGUCUGUAGUAUUUAUUUAUUUGUAAAUACUCACCUUGGGAAUAUAUUGUAUACUUGUCAUAGUUAGCUAUAGCUAUUAAAAUUGUUCAAAAUAUUUAAGGUCUAUAAAUUUUUUACUCAUGAUGAAUUGAUUUAUUUAUGUAAUGCUAUCGCAACGUCAAAAAUCAUCACAAAUUUAAGAAAAUACUAAUAAGAAAUAAACUAACCCUGUAUUUAAAAAUCAGAAUGUUGCCACAAUCACUGAGCCAUCUAGUGCUUCCUUUGCUGUUGUCCUUGUUUCAACUCAUUCAUACUCAAAGUUUACAGAAAUCUGUAUCGGUAGUUUUAGAUUCAAAAUGGUUGGAUACACCAUUACAUUUGGAAGCUAGUGAGUUUUUAGCUGAAGAAAAUCCUGAAUUAUUUUGGAAAUAUAUUGAUGAUUGCUCUAAAUUAGAGCCUGGAUUUUUUAGAAAUAGAUCCGAGAAAUUACAGUAUGAUGCCAUUAUUGAUAUAACUAGUAAUUAUUUAUCUUCUCAAAAAGUUGCUCUACUUAAAUUUUCCUUAUCUUUACGUGCCUAUUCUCCUACAAUUGAAAUGUUUCAUCAAAUAGCUUAUGAUCAACAUCUUCCUUCUGAUUGUAAAGCUGUAGCUGAUGUUGGAGGAUCAUAUGCAUGUGAUACAAAGACUCUCAAAUCUUUAUUGUCUUCAUCGUCCAGAAAUGCUUCAAAUAUUUAUCAAGUGGAUCAUAUCUAUCCAAGUGCUUCUCAAUCAGUUGAUGUUAUCCUUUAUGGUGAAAUUGGCACAUCAGCUUUCCAUGGAUUAUACAAAGUAUUACAUGAAAAGGCUGAUAAAAAUGAAGUAACUUAUGCUGUGAGGCAUUAUGUUUAUAAAAGACGAAAACAGAAAGUUCGACUUUCUGGCUAUGGUGUGGAAUUAGCUGUUAAAAGUACUGAAUAUAAAGCUCAAGAUGAUACAAAAGUUGUUGAGGAAAAAACGCCUGAACAUGAAGAAAUGGAUAAACAUGAGGAACUUGAAGGUUUUAUCUUUAGUAAGUUAAUGGAAUUGCAUCCUUCAAAAAAAGAGCAACUUGAACAGUUCAAAAAGCACCUAAUAGAUAGUUCAAAAGAAAUCCCAAAUUUGAAAGUGUGGGAAUUGCAAGAACUAAGUUUACAAGCAGCACAAAAGAUUUUAAGUUCUCCUGUAGAAGAAACAUUACGUGUUAUGAAAGAAAUUGCUCAAAAUUUUCCUACUCAGGCUCGGUCUUUGGUACAUGUUUCUGUCUCCAGUGAUUUUAAGAAAGAAAUGGAAAGAAACCAACAAAUGUUUAUGCAUCAUCAUAAUUUAGGUCCUUCUGAUGUUGCAAUAUUUGUAAAUGGCAUGUAUUUUGAUAUGGAAUCUACAGACAUCUUUUCACUUCUUCAAACACUUAAGCAAGAAACUAGAGUCCUGGAAGCUUUGUAUAAAAUUAAAAUACCUGAGGCACUUCUCACAAAACUCCUGAAAAUAGAUUUUGCUCAUGAUAAAGAGGAAUAUGCUGUUGAUAUAAGAGAUUCUUCCAUUCAAUAUAUCAAUAACAUUGAAACUGAUCGUCCAUAUCGAAGCUGGCCUUCAAGUGUUCAAGAUCUAUUAAGACCAACUUAUCCAGGAAUGCUUCGUAGCAUAAAAAAAAAUAUUUAUCAUUUGGUCCUCAUUGCUGAUCCUUCAAAAGAAAGCUCAAGAGAUCUUUUUAAACUUGCAGAAUCUUUUUAUGUUCAUAAAGCUCCAGUUAGGAUAGGAUUAUUAUUUGCUGUGAAUCCAGAUACAUCUUUUGAUGGUUUUCACGAUGCUGGAGUAGCAUUCCUGAAUGCUUUCAAUUUCAUCAGCCAAGAUAAAUCUCCUUAUGAUGGACUUUCAUUUAUUACUGAUGUAUAUGCAAAUACAGAAGAAAGAGAUGUAUCUCCUGAGAGUGUUGUUGCUCACUUCAAAUCUAUGUACACAUCUGAAGAUUUAGAAUUAGUGUUUGGGCCAGAAUCUGAUUAUGAUACAGGAAGAAAGACAGCAUGGGAAUUUAUUAAUAAAACUGGACUUGGUAAGCCUCCACAAGUUUUGCUCAAUGGUGUCAUGCUGAAACAGAAACAGUUGACUGCAGAUAUGUUCGAAGAAGCCAUAUUGACUGAAAUAAUGAGACAAACACCAUUUUUACAGAAAAGUGUCUAUAAAGGAGAACUUACUGAUUCCCACAAUGUAUUGGAUUACAUAAUGGAUCAGAAAAAUGUUAUGCCUCGUCUUAAUCAAAGAGUCCUAAGUUCUGAUUCUUCUUAUUUGGAUUUUCUAUCAGAUAAUGCUGAAAUGAAAUCCAUUGUGACAAAUUUGAAGUAUUUUGCUAAACGAGAUGAUGAAGAAUUCCGUAGCUUGACUAUUUGGGUUGCUACAGAUGUUGAAACUUAUGAGGGCCGAGCUUUAUUAGCCUCUGCAUUUGCUCAUCUAAAAUCAAGCGCUCAUUCUCGCCUAGGAAUAAUCCAUAACCCAAUUUCUAAUAAAGGAACAGGCAUUUUCAGAAAAGCUAUUCAAGUUGCCUUAGAUACUUUGGAUCGACAUACUUCUAAAUUAUUUAUAACAAAAAUAUUGAAGCCAGCCAACGCUAAACAGAUAAUCAACAAUGAAAAGUCGCUUAUGGAUUUUGCAGUAUCAAAUAUGGACACUGAUGUAUUUAUGAAAAAGUUGAAUGAUUUUGAUGAUAAAUCUCUGAAACAUCAUAAAGUUUUCAGCAAAAAGAUUCUGAAGAUUUCUCCCGGCCAAAGAGCUGUUGUCAUUAAUGGUAGGGUUGUAGGACCUUUUGAUGAAAAUGAAGAAUUCACUCAAGAAGACUUUCAUCUUUUAGAAGUGUAUUCUAAAAGUUUGUAUGCCGAUAAAUUAGUUUCUGAAUUAAAAAGUGGCCUUGAACCAUCAGAGAUGGAUAGUGAAAAGGUGAUGAAAGUGGCUUCAGUUUUAUUGUCACAACCUCAAUUAAAAGUCAGACAUGAAAUAAAAUUCUACAGUGACAAACACAGUGCUAUUAAAAUUCCAGCUGCUGAUAUAGAGGAACCUGCUCAUGAAAUAGUUGCCAUUCUUGACCCUGUGUCAAAAGGUGCUGGAAAAUUAGCUUCUAUACUUGGGGUGUUACAACGAGUUAUAAAUGCUCAUUUUACUAUAUUUUUCAAUUGUGUAGAUAAGCAUUCAGCAAUGCCACUGAAAAGUUUCUCCCGAUUUGUGCUUAGUGAAGAGCCCAUAUUUGGAUCUAAUGGAAACUUUGGAAUUGCUCCAUUUGCAAAGUUUUCCAGUCUACCUACUUCACCACUGUUUACUCUAGGUAUGGUUACUCCAGAAAAUUGGCUUGUGGAAGUCGUAAAAUCGCCAUAUGAUUUAGAUAACAUUCAUUUAGAACAGGUGGAAAGCAAUGUCCAUGCCGAUUUUGAACUGGAACAUUUGCUUAUUGAAGGUCAUUGUUAUGAACAAUCAUCAGGAAACCCUCCUAGAGGUUUACAAUUCAUUCUUGGAACAAAUAAAAAGCCAGAUCUCGUUGAUACCAUUGUUAUGGCUAAUCUGGGUUAUUUCCAAUUAAAAGCAAAUCCUGGAGCUUGGCAUUUGAAUUUGAGAGAAGGCAGAUCAUCUGAAAUUUAUGAAAUUACAGGGAGUGAGAAUACUGAUACUCCACCAGGAUCCCCAGACGUGGUUGUUCUGAUUAGCAAUUUUAGGAGUCAAAUUAUUAAAGUAAAAGUAUCUAAAAAACCUGGAAAACAAUUCGAAGAACUUCUUUAUGAUGAGAAUGAUUCAAAUGGUGGAAUUUGGAAUAGUAUUACCAGCAUGCCUAUCAUUGGUGGAAUAGUCGAGGAAUGGAGAUCAAUAUGGCGAGAAUUAAAAAGUACCUUCUCUGGCAACAAAAAUGAAAAAGAAGGAGGUGAUGACAAAAUAAAUAUAUUUUCUCUUGCAUCUGGUCAUCUAUAUGAAAGGCUUCUUAGGAUAAUGAUGUUAAGUGUUUUAAAAAAUACCAAAACUCCAGUGAAAUUUUGGUUUCUCAAAAAUUUCCUUUCUCCAACAUUUAAAGAUUUUCUUCCAUAUAUGGCUCAAAAGUAUGGUUUUGAAUAUGAGUUAGUACAAUAUAAAUGGCCCAGAUGGUUAAACCAACAAAGUGAAAAACAAAGAAUCAUUUGGGGGUACAAAAUUUUGUUCCUUGACGUGCUGUUCCCUCUUGAUGUUAAAAAAAUUAUAUUUGUUGAUGCAGAUCAGGUUGUUAGAACAGACAUGAAAGAAUUAGUUGAUCUUGAUUUGAUGGGUGCUCCUUAUGGGUACACACCCUUCUGUGAUAGUCGCAGGGAUAUGGAUGGCUACAGGUUUUGGAGAUCAGGUUAUUGGGCCUCACAUUUAGGAUCAAGAAAAUAUCAUAUUAGUGCACUCUAUGUUGUUGAUUUGAAAAAGUUUAGAAGAAUAGCUGCUGGUGAUCGUCUUCGAGGACAGUAUCAAGGAUUGAGUCAAGAUCCAAACAGUCUUUCCAAUUUAGAUCAGGAUUUACCAAAUAAUAUGAUUCAUCAAGUAAGCAUUUUCUCCCUGCCUCAAGAAUGGUUGUGGUGUGAAACAUGGUGUUCUGAUGAUUCAAAAAAAUAUGCAAAAACAAUCGAUUUAUGUAACAAUCCUAAAACAAAAGAAUCGAAAUUAGCAAGUGCCAUGAGAAUUAUUCCUGAAUGGAAAGAUUACGAUGCUGAGAUUAAACAAUUGAUUAAGGAAUAUGAAAACAAUAAAACGAUAGAACAAGCAGAAAAACAGAACAAAGAUACAGAUGCCCAUGAUGAGUUAUGAUAAAAGAGUUGAUAAGGCAUUUUGUACUUCAGUGAUAUUAGGAAUAAAUUUUUUAAUUAAACCUAAA